GCGGCGCACCCGCACCGCGCGCCCAUGGCCAGCUCGGGGUCGCCGGCUCCGUGCCGGGCGUGGCUGGCGUGGCUGGGGGCGCCGCUGCUGCUUCUGGCCGACUGGGCGCUGCUCCGGGAGGCGCUGCCCGGCAUAUUCUCGCGCCUGCUGCCCCCGGCGUGGCCGCUGCUCCGGGUGUGGGCGGCGGGCCUGGGCCGCUGGGCCGUGCUGCGGCUGGGGGCCCGCGCCGUCCUCCAGGCCACGGCUGGGGGACAGGGCCAGAGCGCGCGUGUCGCGGGAGGCCUGGCCGCUCUGGAGCCGCUGGCGGCCGCGCUGGGCUUGGCCCUGCCAGGACUUGCCUUGUUCCGAGAGCUGGUCUCGUGGGGCGUCCGCCGGGACGCCGGCAGCACCCGGCUCCUGUACUGGGGAAGUCGCCCCGACGCCUUCGCGCUCAGCUAUGCGGCCGCCCUGCCCGCGGUCGCCCUGUGGCACCUGCUCGGGAGCCUGUGGCGGCCCGUUCGCCCGGGGGGCUCUGUAGACGCCGUGCGCCGGCUCCUGGGCUGCCUGGGCCCGGACAUCCGCCGCCUGCCGCUCGUCCUCACCAUGCUGGUCCUCUCCUGCCUAGGGGAGAUGGCCAUUCCUUUCUUCACUGGCCGCCUCACUGACUGGAUUGUCCAGGAUGGGACAGCCGCUGCCUUCGCUGGAAACUUAACUCUCAUGUCCAUUCUCACCGUAGCCAGUGCCCUGCUGGAGUUCCUGGGUGAUGGGAUCUACAACAGCACCAUGGACCACUCCCACGCCCACUUGCAGGAAGAGGUGUUUCGGGCCGUCCUGCGCCAGGAGACGGAGUUUUUCCAGCAGAACCAAACAGGUGCCAUCACGUCUCGAGUAACAGAGGACACGUCCACCCUGAGUGAGUCGCUGAGUGAGAAGCUGAGCCUGUUGCUGUGGUACCUGGUGCGGGGGCUGUGUCUCAUGGGGCUCAUGCUCUGGGAGUCACUGUCCCUCACCGUGGUCACACUGCUCACCCUGCCUCUGCUUUUCCUUCUGCCUGAGAAGCUGGGGAAAUGGUGCGAGCUGCUGGAAGUGCAGGUGCGGGAAUCUCUGGCAGAGUCCAGCCAGGUGGCCAUUGAAGCUCUGUCCGCUAUGCCUACAGUCCGGAGCUUCGCCAAUGAGGAGGGCGAGGCCCAGAAGUUUAGGAAAAAGCUGCAGGAAGUCAAGACCUUCAACCAGAAGCAGGCCGUGGCCUAUGCAGUUAACCUGUGGAGCACCAGUAUCUCAGGGAUGCUUCUGAAGGUGGUAAUCCUGUACAUGGGGGGGCGGCUGGUGACGAGUGGGGCUGUGAGCAGUGGGAACCUCGUCACCUUUGUUCUCUACCAGAUCCAGUUCACCACGGCUGUUGAGGUCCUGCUCUCCACCUAUCCCCAUGUGCAGAAGGCUGUGGGCUCCUCCAAGAAAAUACUUGAAUACCUGGACCGGACCCCUUGCAGCCCACCUAGUGGUCAGUUGAUUCCCGUGAACCUGAACGGCAUUGUCAAGUUCCAAGAUGUCUCUUUUGCCUACCCCAACCGUCCAGAAGUCUCAGUGCUGCAGGGCCUGACGCUCACCCUCCGUCCUGGGGAGGUGACGGCGCUGGUGGGACCCAAUGGGUCUGGGAAGAGCACGGUGGCCGCGCUGCUGCAGAAUCUGUACCAGCCCACUAAGGGGCAGUUGCUGCUGGAUGGGAAGCCCCUUCCCCAAUAUGAGCACCGCUACCUGCACAGACAGGUGGCUGCAGUGGGGCAAGAGCCACAGCUAUUUGCAAGAAGUCUUAGGGAAAAUAUUGCCUACGGCCUGAUGGAGACGCCGACUCUGGAGGAAGUCAUUGCUGCUGCAGUGGAGUCGGGGGCCCAUGGCUUCAUUUCGGGACUCCCGCAGGGCUACGACACAGAUGUAGGGGAAGCUGGAGGCCAACUGUCAGGGGGGCAGCGACAGGCAGUGGCCUUGGCCCGAGCUUUGAUCCGGAAACCACGAGUGCUCAUCCUAGACGAUGCCACCAGUGCCCUGGAUGCAGACAACCAGUUACGGGUGGAGCGGAUCCUGUAUGAAAGCCCUGAGAGGGCCUCUCGCGCUGUGCUGCUCAUCACACAGCGCCUCAGCUUGGUGGAGCAGGCGCACCACAUCCUCUUCCUGGAAGGAGGCGUUGUGUGUGAGGAGGGAACCCACCAGCAGCUCAUGGAGAAGAGGGGACGCUACUGGGCCAUGGUGGAGGCUCCUGCAGGCGCUCCGGAAUGAAACUGUGCUCGGGCCUGCACACCCCCUCCCCGCCUCUCCCUCUCCUCGCCAUGGUGGAGAACUUGGCAGCAGAGACCUUACUAGGGGUGCAGAGUAGGCUGCUCGGAGUUGCAUCCUAAAAUGUACCCCCCCCCCCCAGGUGACGCUGGGCACUUGCUUUGACUUGCCGCCUCCUUGUCACUCUCUCGACAACGCAGACUUCUGGAAGACAGACAUGGGUUUUCUAACACCUUAUGGUAACCGAGUUAGAGCUGAGGAGGCUGCUUUGGUGUGGACAGCACCGUGGAAAAGCGAGGGCGCACUCAGAAGAGCAGAAAGAGAACAGGGAUGCAUACUGGCCAAGAAGCGCCCUGUGGGUGUUGAUAUUUAUAAUAAAGUCGGCGUUUUGU